AUGGCUGCCCCCCCUGACCAAUCACAGCAGCGACCUUACUUAGGUGUUCGUGUGAAAGAUCCUGUAAAGGAACUCCUUAAGAGGAAACGCAAGAACAUUGAGAACACUAACACAACUACAACUGGCACACAGAUGGUUUUGCCACACCUUUCGAUGACAUGUUAUUCACAAAUAGGACAUCCUAUUUUCCCCGAGGCUGAUAUUCCUUCACCGUCAGUGCAACAUGCUGAAGAAGGAACUUUCCACACUACAUGGCUGCCUCAGUCAUCUUCUGCGACCCUGCAGCCGAUACCACAAUGGUCACCAUGUCCCGAUUACACAUCACACGAAGCAGUAAACUCCUCGUACAUGCAAGAUAUGUGCAUGCAGCCUGUCUGUUCCAGCUAUGCAGUAGUGGGACCUCCCUCAGUGGUGUCUUAUGCUCCGCAGCCAUUGCUAAGCAACUUUGGGUCAAGGACCUCCACACCCGUUGGUAUUCCACAGUUGGACCUUGCAGAUCAGCAGCCAGCACUCAGCUACUUCUCUUGGAGCCAAACGCUUUCAACUCUGCCGACUCCAGUGACACCAUGUCAGACAAACUCACUGCAGUCUCUGCCGCCUCAGUUUGUGCCCCUGCCCAUUUCUGUCCCUGAGCCUGGGCUUGUGGAGCUGGAGGAUGCCAGGAGGUCCAUUGCAGGCAUGGCCAUUGAGAAACUGCUCCAGCAAGACGAAGACAAUGACACAAUUCUUCACAUCUACGCAGCAAAAGGUAUGCGGGAACACGCCUACGCAGCAGCUGAACGAAUGCGUGAGCUCAGGAGACUCGAUACUAAAGAGCACAGAGGAAAGACACCCCUAUUGGUUGCUGUGGUAGCAAAUCAGCCUUUGAUCGUACGGGAUCUGAUUCUGUUCGGCGCUGACCUGAACGCUGUUGAUGACAAAGGACAAACCUUUCUACAUCUGGCUGCUACCUAUGGCCAUCUGAGUAUCAUUCAGAUGGUCAUAGCAGCUGGGACCUUGGUAAACUUGGAAACCAGGGAUUUUGAAGGGCUUACUCCCUUGCAUUGUGCUGUCAUUUCUCAUAACUCUGUUUAUCGGGAACUAUGCUAUGAUCAUACCCUGUUGCCCCAGAGGCAGGAUGAGCUACAAUAUAAAGCUGAACAACUGCAGUCCUGCAUCAGGCUACUAAUUGAAAUGGGAGCCCUAAUAACCAGCCAGGACGUAAAAAGCAAUAAAACAGUGGCGCACCUCAGUGUUCAAGAAGGAAACCUCUUACUGUUGGAUUACUUUCUGAAACUCAGUGGCACCAGGUCACCUGAAUUUGUCAACAUGAAGGCUCAUGGUAAUACAGCUUUGCACAUGGCUGCUGGUCUCCAAAAUGAGAGAAAUCAAGAGAGAAUAAUUAAACUGCUGUUAUAUCAUGGAGCAGAUCCCAGCAUUCGGAACCUGGAAAAUGACCAACCAAUUCAUCUGGUGCAGCCAGGAGAACAAGGAGAUCGGGUCAGGCAUCUCUUGAAGAAAGGAAGAGUUGGCUCAGGGUUAAACCUUCGGAAUGCUACACCCUAGGGAUGUAGCCUCGAUCUAGACUUGGCUCAGUGCCACAAUCUUCACUCCUGCGGAAUGAACAUGUACCUUAUAUUAGGAACAUUUUAACAUGCACUGAUAUGCAAAAUCUCAGGUUUAGUUGCCAAAGUACUUUAAUACAUCA